CACUUUCUCUGUCUACACACCUAACUUGUAUACAUACCCAGAUCUUAUAUCUGUCUGUCUCUCUUUCUCUCUCUCUCUCGAUAUCUAUAGAUUGUAGAUAUGGAGAUGAAACAAGCGGUGAAGAUUGAGGGCGGAGUUGGAUCCUCACCAUUUCUUGAUGAAGUUCAAGGUGGUUACUUGCAGGGUGUGUUUGAUAUGUGGGAAGGAGAGAAAGGGGGCUCAUUAGGGUUUAUGGAGCUUUUGGGUAUACAAGACAUUAAUGGACCUUCUUCUUUGUUUGAUGGGAUUCAUGUGCCUUCUAUUGCACAAGAAUCUCUCUCUCCUGCUCGUCCAAAUCCACCUGCUGUGACAAAGAUGGAGUAUUCCUCAUCAGAAGUGUUGAAUCCACCUGCAACACCCAACUCUUCAUCGAUUUCAUCGGCAUCAAAUGAGGCCUUGAAUGAUGAACAGGCUAAGCCUGUAGUUGAUGAGGAAGAAGAACAAUACAAGACCAAGAAACAGUUGAAGGCAAAAAAGACAAAUCAGAAGAGACAGAGAGAACCGAGUUUCGCAUUCAUGACAAAGAGCGAGGUUGAUCAACUGGAAGAUGGAUACAGAUGGAGAAAGUACGGCCAAAAAGCUGUUAAAAACAGCCCCUUUCCUAGGAGUUAUUAUCGUUGCACCACUGCCUCCUGCAAUGUGAAGAAGAGAGUGGAGAGGUCAUUCAAUGACCCUACCAUUGUUGUAACCACCUAUGAAGGACAACACACUCAUCCAAGUCCAGUCAUGUCUCGUUCAAAUCUUGUCACACAUUUAACGGACUCAGCCGCCUUCGCCGUCACUAACUUUGCCAUGCCAAUGCAGAGGAGUACAGUACUGUCUAACUGUAAUCAAUACCGUCCUCAACAACCCUUUGUGAAUGGCUUGUCUACUCCUUUCAUGAGUUUUGGUUCAAUAAAUGCAGCAGCUGGUUUUCUUCAAGAGAGACGCUUUUGCACCCAAGAGGCUUCUCUGCUUCUAAAAGAUCAUGGACUUCUUCAAGACAUUGUUCCAUCUCAUAUGUUAAAGGAAGAGUAGUAGAUGAGAGAGAUACCAAUAUGACUGACUUUGUUAAUGGUAGUGUAAAUGAAAAAUCCUCAAUGCCGGGUAGUAAUCUAGUUUCUUUUGCUUGCAGGUUUGUUAUUAUUUCUUUUUCUUUUGUUCUUUUUUACUUUUACUAGUUUCUUUUUGGUGACCUUUCACUUUUACUAGUUUAAAGAGGCUGAGGCAAGCCCUCUAUGAUAUAUACACACAAACCCUUAUGAAUAUCACUGUAGUAAUGGGAUUUCGAUUCAAUGUACAAGGACUAAAAACUUAAUUUGCUUUCA